CUAUUCUAGCUAGCAAAAGAAGGGGUGAUGGAAGAAAUAGGUAGAGCUAUUCAUGAGGGGAGGGAAGGUGCAGAAGAGAGAAGGAUGAAGAUGAAGGUUAUGGUGGCAAUAGAUGAAAGUGAUGGAAGCUUUUAUGCCCUUAAGUGGGCCCUUGAUAAUCUCUUCAACGUUAUGACUACCAUGGAAGGAACAUCAUCUGAAAAUGAGGGAAUGGUGUUUCUUGUUCAUGUUGAACCCAUUUUCCACAAUUAUGUGCACCCUAUUGGACCAGGUGGUGCUGCUUUUUAUCCAGCAUCUGUGGUUGUGGAUUCAGUGAAGAAAGGCCAGCAAGAAAGAUCAGCAGUUAUUCUUUCCCGGGCUUUGCAAAUGUGCAAGGAUAAGCAGGUCAAAGCAGAAAGUGUAAUUCUCAAUGGAGACCCAAGGGAAAUGAUUUGUCAGGCUUCAGAACAAAUGCAAGUUGAUCUCUUAAUCAUGGGUAGCCGUGGCCUGGGCACACUCAAAAGAGCAUUUCUUGGAAGUGUAAGUGACUAUUGUGCACAUCAUGCAAAAGCACCUAUUCUUAUUGUGAAGCCACCGGAGGACCACCAUAAAAAGCAUUGAUCGUUGGUUUUAUGUUUAAGCAUAUCUUUUAAUGGAUCUUAGGAUUUGUAUUUAAUCUCCUUUUCUUUAUAAGGCUUGCAAGGUUUGUAUUUUUAUAAACAAUGAUGAAUGUACUUAGAAAGAAACAUAUGUAUUUGUUUAUCUACAUGUGUUUUUAGGAUAUUUAUUGUUUUUUUUUUUUUUACUGAAUCAAGAAUGAUGAAGACUUCAAGGA